AAUACUGUGACAGCUUUUGUUGUGGUAAACACUGACGGUUACUUGUUGUUUUUGAAUUCAGUCUUAAGUCUUUGGCUGGCGAAGUAACUAUUGGAAUAGUGACGUUGUAUUUACAUGUAAUUGUGUAUAAUAUUUUCGAAUUUUAGCACAUGCAUUGCUUCUAAUGACUAGCCUGGAGCACAAAAAGCGAGACUGAAAAUCUACUAAUGGAACUGGAGAAGAACACAAACAGAAAGAGGGAGGUGCCUCAAAGGAAUGCAACAGGAGAACUGAUCCUAGCUGUGAAGCGUGGGAGGGUGAAGUACGUGCAAGAACUGUUGGCAGCCGGAGCAAAGAUCACGGUGCGGGACAGGAAGGGGAACACAGCCCUGCACUGGGCGGCACAAGGGGGAAAUGAGGAGGCUGCCAGGUAUCUGCUGCGAGCCGGGGCCAACAUGGAGGCUGUCGACAGCUGGUGGCGGCAAACGCCAUUGCACAGGGCUGCAGAGUGGGGCCACGAGGCAGUGGCGAAGAUGUUGCUGAUUGCCGGUGCUGACCCCGACAUCUGCGACGGGGAUGGGAGGACGUCACUACACUUGGCGGCUUUAGGUGGCCACGUGGGGAUGGUGACAGUGCUGCUGGCAGCGAGUGCGGACCGGGGCAUCAAGGACUAUGGAGGGAGGAUGCCUGUAGACAUGGUCAGGGAGAAGGACAGGGAGCAGCUGUUGCCCCUACUCAGAUGUUGCGGUAUUGGCUUGAAUGUGCCCACAAGUGAACUUCUGGAGAAGAAAAUCCAGUGGUAGGCACUGGAGUACUUCUACCUCAGCAUCCUGUGUUCCUCAAGCUGCCCUGCGCCAGACAAGCUGGAUCCACGUGCAACACCUGCAGCAACAUGGACAUGACGUCGAGUGGAAUUUUCCUAUCACAAUAACGUCGCCCGGCCGAGUGUAUCUGGGCCUCCAGCCCAGCUGAGAUUACUUGCACUGUGGAUGAGCUUCUCAUCAGCUGGAUUGAGGCCUGUCCUGUGCUGACAUCAGUACAGGCUUCUGAUGUGAUCACCAACACCAUCGCGCUAUGCCUCCGCUUCAGUUCGGACUUCAGCCAGAGCACUGAUGGGGCCUCGGUGCCAGUUGCCUCCUCCAAGUGCACCAUCUACAAGAUGUGCCACAGGUAUGCUACUUCCUGCCAGCCUCGUGCUCUCAGUUAUGGAACAACAUUCGUUCCUGUGGAGGUGCUCCACACCAGUGGGGCCCUAGCCCUCCAUUGUCUCAGGAGGUCACAGGUCACACCAGGUCUGGGUCACCACUGUCAGUACACGUACUGGCUGCUAGUCCACACCAGCUGAGAUGACACUACCCACUCAGCAAGUCUGCUCCGACCAGCUGCCAUCACCACUGCCGACAUCGCAUUCUGCUGCCAACGUGGCCGACAUUGCAGUCUACCACCAUAGUGGUUCCCGACUGCAGACACUCACAGACUCCGAUGUAUAGAAUGUGUAGUCAAGAAAGCUGUUUAUGGUCUGAGAGCAUUCUCUGGUCUUGCUGACUCCACAGACCCACCUUUACUCUCUCUCUCUCUCUCUCUCUCUCUCUCUCUCUCUCUCUCUCUCUCCCUCUCCAAGAUCACCUGCGUUCAACAUCCUGAUGGUCAGGUGGCCUUCCUGCUGUCAUUGGAUGACUACGUAGUGGUCAGCAACCCAGGCAUUCUGGCAUCAGAAAUUGUGCUGGAAACCGGUGAGCAACAUCAUAAGGCAUCAAUCUAUGAUGACACUUUCUCAAGUGAGAAGCAGCGUGUGUGUUUUAUGAAUGCAUGUGGUUCUUGUAGCAUUUGUUCCUCAAGUUUGUCCUCAUUCCUGUUUCUUAUUAUUUCUGGCAUAGUUUCUGGUCGCAUUGCAACCCAGAUGGGGGCUAACAGUUGCGGUUCGCGUGUGGUCCUUUCUCUCCGAACUGGAGUCCUUCCCUUUACCACCUCUACUUGUGGACCGUUCAUAUAUGCCUCCAUGGCGUACGCCUCAGCCGCAAUUUCAUAUGGACCUUUUGCAUGGCCCUAAGGACUCCGUUACCCCACUGCUCUCCGCUGUCACUUCCUCUCAAUUCUUGACAUGUUCUGGGGCUCUGAAGUGGUUCACACUGACGGCUCAAUGGCUGAUGGUCACGUAGGCUUCACAUAUGUUCAUGGAGGACUUACUGAGCAGCACUCCUUGCCAGUUGGCUGCAGUGUUUUCACUGCAGAGCUGGCAGCCAAAUCUCAUGCUCUUGAGUACAUCCGCGAGUCAUUUCUCCUGACUCCUUGAGCAGCCUACAAGCUAUCAACCAGUGCUACACUCGCCGCCCUCUGGUAGUGUCCAUUCCAUGGUGUUUGUGUGGACCCCAGGACAUGUCGGAAUCCCUGGCAACGAACUUGCCGACAGGCUGGCCAAACAGGCGAUGUGGAAACUACUUCUAGAGAUAGGCAUCUCCGAAGCUGAUCUGCGUUCUGUCUUACACCGCAGGGUUUUCUGGCUUUGGGAGAUGGAAUGGCAUAACAGUACGCACAACAAACUGCAUGCCAUUAAGGAGACUGUGAAUGUGCGGGAGUCUUCCAUGCAGGCCUUUUGCAGCGAAUCAGUUGUCCUCUACCAGCUCCGCAUUGGCCAUACAUGGCUAACUCAUGGUUACCUACUCCGUCCUGAGGACCCACCUCAGUGUCGCUGUGGCUCCCAAAUGACAGUCAUCCGCCUCUUGCUUGACUGCCCACUUUUAGCCGCUCUGCAGCAGACUUUUAACUUUCCCAGCACCCUGCCUUUGGUGUUGGGCAACAAUUCCUCCACAGCAGCUUUAGUUUUACGUUUUAUCCAUGAGAGUGGGUUUUAUACUUCUAUGUAGAUUUUAGCGCAUGUCAUUUGUCCUCUGUGUCCUCCACCCUAGUGCUUUCAGAGUGGAAGUUUUAAUGUGUUACAGAGUGGCUGGCUUUCCCUUUUUAUUCUCGUGGUUGGCCAGCAAUUGUAAUCUGCUUUCAUGUUUUACUCUCUUCUGUUUCUAGUGUCUCUCUGUUGUUUUCUUGUCCUCUUUUGUUCCUUUUAGCGUUCAUUGCCUUCCCUUCGUCCUUGUGGCUUUUCCUCUCUUUCCGUUUUGUGUUAUGUGUUUCGUCCAUUUUAUUUUCACACUUGUGACAUUAUUUUAUUAGGAACAAGGGACUGAUGACCUCGUAGUUUGGUCUCUUCUCCCACUUUUAAACCAACCAACCCAAAAUGAUUGUUAUGGAUAACGGUCCACAGUUUACUUCAACCAAGUUUAAGCAAUUCAGUGCUGCAAAUGGGAUUUCCCUCAUCCACACCGCCCCAUCUCACCCUGUGUCAGACCGCCAGGCAGAACAUUUUGUUUGGACAUUCAGGACCCAGCUGGAUAAGCUGCUGUGCCAUCGCCCGCUGGAGGAGGCUGUGCUACUUUUUUUGGCCACAUACUGCUCCACCCCGCAUGCCAGUAAAAGUCCACCAGAGAUACUCCACGGUCGACCAUUCUGCUCUCCCUUAUCUGUUCUUGUCCCCAAGACUCCUCUCCCUCCAGCCCACACUCCAGCACUUUCCUUCCAGGGUGGGCAGGAGGUCUGGGCGCAGAUCUUCUUUCAUCCACAGGUGCACUUGGCACCUGCCGUCGUCACCAAACUCUGCAGCUUGGCGAUGGCAUCUCUCUGGUGGGCCGAUGGUUCCGGCACCUCAACCAGCUCUGCCCCCAUCUGGUGGACCAUGACACCCCUGGGGAGCUGGGAGAUGCCAGUGCCUGUCGAUGGCCGCCCUGUGAUGGAACUUCCGCUUCUGCCUCAGCCUCUGCCUCCACUGCCAGCUGCCCCUGCUCUGGCGCCACAUCCACAAACCUAUGGACGUCGACCAGCACACCCCCACUCCUGUGGACGUUUGUGGUGCUGUGCAUUAUUUUUCCAGGGGGAGAAAUGUCGCAACGGCCCCUUAUCAGUUACGAGGGUCCGCACAACAGACAAGCAAGGUAGGCUGCCGACCUUCCUUCAAGAGCUCAUAUCAAAACAUCGCCAGUGAAUGUGAACAUCAACGGACCUUCUCCAUAAACACAGCACUACUUCAUGAAAAGCCAUGUGUCAAAGAUCCACCAAUUGGAACUAAUGUGACUAAGUGUAGCACUCUGCAGAAUCAGUGUUAUAAGCAUGCCAGCAGAGUCAGACCGGCAGAGUGUACCUACAAUUGGGACAGCUCCGGCCAAUACCUAUACCGGCUCUAGCCUGGUAGUCACUCGCCGUAGUCUUCUGUAGAAAUUUGUAUCUUGUUAGGCAUAAUGCCGCUUUGGAACUGUGUAGUGUAGCAUUUUGGUUGUUGUUAUUUCUUUUCAUUGUCUUGUAACUUUUAUCUGGCUUUUGCCACCACAAGAAUUAUUGUGUUUCCUGUUGUUCUUGAGUUUGGAAAUUAGUGUGUAUCAAGAAGGCGAUUUAGUUAAAUAAAGUGUGUUCAAACAUGA